AUGCGCACACUAAUAAGCUCCAAACUGGUGACAACCUUCAUCAGAGGCAGACCCUGGUGCUUGCAACCAUCCUCAACUGACUGUAGUAAAUAUAAAAUGUUACCAUCAGAAGAAAGAUUUUGUUAUGAAAUAUAUGCACCAAUUUGUGGAUCUGAUGACAAAACUUAUGACAAUGAUUGCUACUUUUGUUAUGAAGUUGAGAAAACUAACAACAAACUUAAAUUUGUACACUUUGGAAAAUGUUGAAUCUGUCUUAUGAUUACAAACACAAGAGACACAUUUCUUCUCCCAUACAAUCUAUACCAUAUUACCUAAUCUUGUCACUGUUAUGUCUUGAUUUGCUUGUAAAAUAAAGAAAGAGAAAUAAAUAUAUGUCUGACUUUUUGUUUAGGAGUUGGAUCUUCUAGAUU